AAUGGUCUACAAUAUUCCUCCCGCCCCGUUGUUCCUGGCCAGACACGUAUAUCGGCGGCUACGUCCAGGUCAACAGGCGGGGGGAGACUCGGCGAGAGAUCAAUGGAAGGUUAUCGUGGCCGGCCAUGGACCAGGCUACCGGCGCUGCUGCUGGCCUGCGCCGCCGCCGCCGCCGUGGGCGAGUGCAGGGUGGUGCACGUGGGAGAGGCGCACCGGCGGAGCAUGCUGGCCAAUGGCCUCGGCGCGACGCCGCCCAUGGGGUGGAAUAGCUGGAAUCACUUCGCCUGCGACGGCAACGGCGAGGUUGUCAUCAGGGAGACCGCCGAUGCGCUUGUGUCCACCGGGCUCGCCGCUGCCGGCUACAAAUACGUCAAUCUUGAUGAUUGCUGGGCAGAACCCGAACGUGAUGCGAAGGGCAAUCUUGCGGCGAACAAGAAGACGUUCCCGCACGGGAUAAAGGCACUCGCAGACUACGUCCACAGCAAGGGGCUCAAGCUCGGCAUCUACUCCGAUGCUGGAUACAAGACAUGCGCCAAGGCUCAGCCUGGGUCCCUCGGCCACGAGGAGCAGGACGCCAAGACCUUUGCCUCCUGGGGAGUCGACUACCUCAAGUACGACAACUGCAACAACGGCGACACGAAGCCGCUGCAGAGGUACCCUGACAUGAGCAAGGCUCUGAUGCAGGCCGGCCGACCCAUCUUCUUCAACCUCUGCGAAUGGGGCGACAUGCACCCGGCGCGGUGGGGCGCGGCCUACGGCAACAGCUGGAGAACCACCAACGACAUUGAGGACACCUGGAACAGCAUGACGUCGAUGGCGGACCAGAACGAGGUGUGGGCCGAGUACGCGCGCCCCGGCGGCUGGAACGACCCGGACAUGCUGGAGGUGGGCAACGGAGGGAUGACCAACGACGAGUACAUCGUGCACUUCAGCAUCUGGGCCAUCUCAAAGGCGCCUCUGAUCAUCGGCUGCGACGUGAGGCACAUGUCGCAGGACACCUACGACAUCCUCGCCAACAAGGAGGUGAUCGCCGUCAACCAAGAUCCUCUCGGCGUACAGGGGAAGAAAGUGAGGAUGGAGGGGAGCAGCGAGAUCUGGGCUGCGCCGCUGACGGGGUACAGGACGGCGGUGCUGCUGCUGAACCGGCACGCCAAGGACGAGGCCCAGAUCACGGCGCACUGGGACGACAUCGGCCUCCCCGCCGGCACGGCCGUCGACGCCAGGGACCUCUGGCUGCACAAGACGCUCGACGCCAAGUUCACGGACAAGAUGAGCUUCAACGUGACGCCGCACGCGGCCAGGAUGUUCGUGCUCACGCCUCUCAAGUCCCAGAUGGACUAAGGAAAAACUACAUGGGUUGAUGCCCGUUCCGAAAUAUACAUUUUUCCCCUGCUACUUCUAUUUUUCCGUAAUAGUUUGGAAGUGGUUUUUAGCAUGUAAUAAUUUUUUUGACAACUUUUAGUGUGUGUAAUAAGUAGUACCAUGCAGCAGGCGCGGUGAGCAAUUUUCAAAUCAUUUUAAAAAAAUUGUGUAAUAAAUUUGAGUGUUUAUAUCUUAAUACUUGUUCAACA